AUGGAAUCGUGGCCUACAGAUGACCGAAAAAGCGAGGAUAUACCAAGAAAGGAGGGUAAAGGCAAAAAGAAAGAGAUAUUCCAAUAUCCCAACCUAGAUCACGGAUUAGUCGAAGCUCUGACCCUGGUUGAGAAGGGGAAUGGUCUUGAAUGGUCUUCCUUGGUGAAAAGUUAUGGUACGCUAUACUCGAUUUCUGAACCUGUCAAAGUAUUCCCAGCGACACGUCCGCCUUCCAUCACGCUUCCGCAUAUGACAUUGAGGCGCAGGGCAGAGCGAGGAGCAAAUUUUCUGAGGACACAUUUUCCUGAGGUCGAAAUUGCUGCUGAACUCAUCAGGGAGGAAAUAGAGACAGACGCGAAAGUCUUGCGUGAUCAAGACGUAUACAAUCCCUAUGAUGGGAAUUUACUUGAAACUGUCAUCUCAUAUGACUCUUUAAGGCCGACGUCGUCGCAUCUUGCGUUUCCAAUGGGUGAAUUAGGUCGAGACCUAAAUAUAUCACCAUUUCUUCCUUCUGAUAAUGGGAGUGUUUUUACCCCGACGGCUACUCCAGUAAGGUCGUUCGAUACGCCCAUAUCUCAGAUUGCUUCACCUAGAUAUGACCUCUCAAACCUGACACAAGGUGCAUUGCUGGCUGUGAGGACUUAUGGUAUCACAUCUGUACUGGAAAUGUGUUCUGGGGACACACCGAAGAAAGUAAAAGUGGUCGAUGUCGCGACCAUUGCCUCGUCUGAUGUGGGCGGUCAUCAAAUGAUUGAUGUCAAGUUCCCUUCGGUUCAUGAUCUGCUGGCUGUCAGUGAUCACGGUAUGGUAUUCAGCUACAACUUCACCGGUUGCAAACCUUUCCCUAUAUUUGAUUAUUCUACUCUGUCAUCCAUGUCUGAAAUUAUGUCUGAUGAUUUUUGGAGACUCGCGCUGGGUGCGAACGUUGGCACAUGUCUUUUAACUUCGGUCAAAGUUUUAAGGCGGCUUGACUCUCGUGACAAUCAUGUCUACAGUUCAAUCUUUUCUGUCACAAGCGAGAAAGAUGUGAUUACAGCAGUCGAAGACCAGGAUGGUCAUCUAAUCCGUCUAUGUACCACUUCUCAGCUCUUGUGGAUCGAUGAUAGAAAACCGGGGAAACCACUCCUUGGAUAUCACCAUAACCGAUCGUUCGAUAGGACACUCAAAACUGAGACCGUCUCUUUUCAAAGCGCACCUCUCACUUUCUUGACAUCACGAAAGAAUGGGUUGGUUGAUGUGUAUAAUGUUUCUCGCUCAAGUGAGAACGGACUCGUUCAUGCUAACGCGCUCCCGUACUGUUUGACAUCGGCUACCGGUUUUGAGGAUUCUCUGACCGGGCAGUCAUUUGUUCAUCACCCAUACCUAAAUGGGGACCAAUCCUUCAGUCUAUUAAGACUGUCUAGGCGCGGGGCCAUUCAAAUGAUUGAACUCCACUGCUCGAAUGAGAUAGGAACACUGACCCCUCAAUUUGAGUGGUCGGAUGAUGUCAAAGAUCUGGACCUCAAAGCCUCGACACUUCGACCAGAUGAAGGACUCCUUGGUAACAGGGAACACAUGGAAGUGGACUUUUCUGGGGUGUAUCGUCAUGUUUUCGUGGAGAGGCCUAGACUGGAUGAAGAACACGAAGAGAAACAUGCGGAAGACGUGUACGGCCUUGUGAAUCGUCUUCCCCUCUUUUGGCAAUAUACGAAUGCUCCCAUAGAGCAUAUGUUGACUACCUACGACAUCAUUUUUCGAGCAGGAGACGACCCAGAUGGGGCUUCUCGAGCCGAUUUUCUGACGGGCAGCAUUAUUAACUCGACCAGAGGGUAUCGUGCACUACAGGAGGGGCGCUUGUCGCCGGCUACCUUGAGUAAAGGUUCUGCAUGGCAUCAUAAUAUCGGUCCUACCUUACAUGCUCUUGAUUCGACUGUGCGUCACAACGUGGAGGACAUACUUGAAGACCUACGGAAGUAUGACGUCGCCCACUGCCCAGAUGGCACAGCCCAGUCUUUAAGAAGAGAAGGCAAAGCUCGAGAGCAACUGGCUCUUGAUUUGUUGCUUUCGCAGGACGUUUUUUCUGUCCAGCCACUGAAACCACCAGCCUCUGUGCCUGAUGACCUCGAGAGCAUGACAGAAGCACUUUCUAUUGGCAACAAACCACCUCCGGUGGAUUUCAGGUACUUGCAGCCCAUGCUGCGAAGGACAGCAGAAGCGAUGAGAGAAGGAGGAGAUGAUGAUCCAGAAAUGUCGUAUCCCCUUGGCGUUCGAUUGUUGCUGAAGGAAUGGGAUGCUGGGACAGACCCAGACAAUUACGUUUACGUGGAUCCUUACGGCGGUUCUCAAGAGUUAAUGACCAGCACACAGAUUCUUCCUGGGCCACAUGGAGGUCGCCCGCCACCCGCCGGAAAGAAAAAACCUGCAAAGAAGAGGCUGGGGCAUGCAAGUGAAACUGGACUGACGGCCAGCCCAGUCAGCCCGCCCUAUGGAUGGAAAAAGGCAUGUAUUUCUUCCACAUCGAAUCUUCCGUAUGACUCGGCCGCAUACAACGACUUCCUUCGCCGGAAUAAAGCUGUUGUAUGCGCGCUGUCCGCGAGCUACAUUUCCACCUUUGCGGGCUAUCCACUUGACUCUCUCAAGUCAAGGCUACAGACAACAAAAACGCCCAUUAGUGUUUCGAGGCUUGCUGCCGUCGUGUAUCGGGAUGAAGGAGUCGUCGGAUUCUAUCGUGGCCUUUGGAUACCUCUCAUAACGAUUUCCUUUGUCCGCGCCGCAAGCUUCACUAUCUAUACUCGUACCAAGGAAUUCUGUCGGGAUCAUAAUUAUCUAUCUCGUAAUUCCAUAAUCGAUGCCUCAGUUGUUGGUGGUAUCAGUGGGGCGAUGUCUGGGGCUUUGAUAUCAUUUGGAAGUGCUCCGUUUGAGCUCGUCAAGGUCCGACGGCAACUGGAGUUUGCAAUCGCCGCCAGUAAAGGUAUACAACUUACCAAGGCGCCAAAGACAUGGGAAGCAGUAAAAGAAAUUUUUCGGAGCAAUGGUAUCACUGGACUGUACACUGGUUUCCGUAUGCAUUUUGUGCGAGAUACUACGGGAACUGCACUGUACUUCCUCGAAUAUGACGGAAUGCGGCAUCUGCUUGGACGGGACAGAUCAGGAGAUCAAGGACCAACUCCUACCUGGCUGCCUAUUCCUGCUUCUAUUGUUCCAUUCUUCUGCGGUUCACUGUCCGGUGUAUCUUCGUGGGCAUUGAUUUAUCCUCUCGAUGUUGUAAAGACGAAAAUCCAGCAGCGAUCAUUGGCUGGUGAGAGAUACCGGGGACCUUGGGAGACGUUAUAUCGUCUUAUCAGAGGUCCCGAUCCGAACAAUCCCAAGCCGUUAUUGGCAGGUAUCACCAGGAUUUAUCGUGGUCUCGGUGUCAGCGCAGUGCGGAGUAUCACUACCCACGGCCUGCUUUGGACCUUCUUCGACCUCGUCUCGAACUACAUUGACCAUCUACCGUGACUGGUUCUCUCGGCGUCUAUAAACUAUUGUUGCAAACUACGGCUUCAUGUAUCAAGUAUAGUGUAUGUAUAUCCGAUGCGCUCUUGUGCUCCGCCAGAAUCGAUGCAGCGACCCAACGAAUAUAACUCCUAUAUCCUCACUCUGUUUCACAGCUCCGUAGCAUCUCUUUUGAUGCUACAACAUGCAAUCAAUGGACACCUCGUCAAGUCAAAUGUCACAGUACAAAGCAAUUUCGCGAUUUCGCAAUGUUCAAAUAACCUGAGAGCAAUAUGCUUGGCUUGUCACAUUAGUAUAAAAGCUUAACGUCCUUCUGCGCAGUUUAGCAUAUUACAUGAACGGAUC